CUUCUCGGCGGAAGGGGAAGCCCAGGGCCGGUCCCCUGCAGUGCCCCAGCCGCGGGCUGCGAGCGCUCCGCGACAGUGCGGGGCCAUGGGGACUCCGCGCCGCGGCCCACCCGUCCUCCCGGGGCUCCCGCUGGGGCGGCUGCUGCUGCUCCUGCUCCUGAGCGGGCUGGCCCCGGCUCGCGCCUCCCCGCGGCUCCUGGACCACCCGACGCCAGUCUGCUCCCAGGAGGGGCUAAACUGUGCAGUGAAGAAUAGUACCUGCCUGGAUGACAGCUGGAUCCACCCUCGAAAUCUGACCCCUUCAUCCCCCAAAGAUGUCCAGGUCCACCUGGACUUUGCCCAGACCCAGCAUGGAGACCUACUGCCUGUAGCCCGCAUCAGGUGGACCCUGCAGACAGAUGCCAGCAUCCUCUUCCUGGAGGGUGCAGAGUUAUCUGUCCUGCAGCUGAACACCAAUGAACGCUUGUGCGUCAAGUUUGAGUUUCUGUCCAAACUGCAGCAUCAUCGCAAGCGGUGGCAUUUUACCUUCAGCCACUUUGUGGUAGAACCUGGCCAGGACUAUGAGGUGACCGUUCACCACCUGCCCAAACCCAUCCCUGACGGGGACCCAAAUCACCAGUCCAAGAACUUCCCCGUGCCCGGCUGCGAAGACCCCAGGAUGAGGAGGACCACACCGUGUGUGAGCUCAGGCAGCCUUUGGGACCCCAACAUCACGGCAGAGAGCCUGGAGGCCCAGCAGCUGCGGGUGAGCUUCACGCUGUGGAACGAGUCUACCCCUUACCAGAUCCUGCUGACCAGCUUUCCACCCACGGAGAACCAGAGCUGCUUCCAUCGUGUCCUCAUGGUGCCCGACGUAAGGCCGUCACUGUCCUGGCCCUCGCAGGCCGCACUCGAGGACGCCCACCGGCGGGCCAACGUCACGCUCACGCUGUCAGACCAGAACUGGUGCUGCCGCCACCAAGUGCAGAUCCAGCCCUUCUUCAGUAGCUGUCUCAACGACUGUCUCAGACACUCCAUAAGCCUCCCUUGCCCAGAAAUUCCAGAGGCUCCAGACUCAAUUGCAGACUACAUACCCCUGUGGGUGUACGGGUUCAUCACGGGCAUCUCCAUCCUGCUGGUGGGUUCUGUCAUCCUGCUGAUCGUCUGCAUGACCUGGAGGCUACCCGGGUCUCAUCGUGAAAAAUAUGGUAAUGACACCAAAUACACAGAUGUCCUGCCCGAGACCAGCCUGACCCCUCCACCCCUGAAGCCCAGGAAGGUCUGGAUUGUCUACUCUGCCGACCACCCUCUCUACGUGGACGUGGUCCUGAAGUUCGCCCAGUUCCUGCUCACCGUCUGUGGCACCGAGGUGGCCCUCGACCUGCUGGAGGAGCAGGUCAUCUCAGAGGUGGGGGUCAUGACCUGGGUGGGCCGCCAGAAGCAGGAGAUGGUGGAGACCAACUCCAAGAUCAUCAUCCUGUGCUCCCGAGGCACCCGGGCCAAGUGGCAGGCCAUCCUCGGCUGGGAGGAGCCGGCUAUCCAGCUCCGGUGUGACCGCUGGAAGCCCGCAGGUGACCUUUUCACUGCAGCUAUGAACAUGAUCCUACCAGACUUCAAGAAGCCAGCCUGCUUCGGCACCUACAUUGUCUGCUACUUCCGUGACAUCAGUAGUGAGAGUGAUAUCCCCGACCUCUUCAACAUCACUUCCAGGUACCCACUCAUGGACAGGUUUGAGGAAGUUUACUUCCGGAUCCAGGACCUGGAGAUGUUUGAACCUGGCCGGAUGCACCGCGUUGGGGAGCUCACAGGUGAGAACUACCUGCAGAACCCGAGCGGCUGGCAGCUCAAGGAGGCCGUGGAGAGGUUCCGGGAGUGGCAAGUCCAGUGCCCAGACUGGUUUGAGCGCGAGAACCUUUGCUCAGCGGAUGACCAGGACUUCCCGUCCCUGGACGAAGAGGUGUUUGAAGAGCCCCUGCUGCCACCAGUAAGAGGGAUCAUCAAGCAGAAACCCCUGGUGCACGAACCCACCUCUGAGGGCUGCCUGGUGGGAGAUCUGCUUGUCAGUGAGGAAGGAAGAGGGCUGUCAAGGCUGGAACCUCAACUCCAGCCCCAAGGAGAGCUGGCGGCCCAGGCCCUCCAAACCGCAGUGCUCCUAGUGGACGAGGUCCCUUCGGCUCAGGCCGUGGAACCCGUCCCUCCGGCCGUUGAGAGCAGCACAGCGGGCCGGCUGGCCGUGGUCGGGGGCGACGAGGCCUGCCCGCUGCUGGAGGGCUGCGGCCCGCGGCGGAACAGUGUCCUCUGCCUCCCCGUGGACUCAGAGGCCCCGCCUCUCUGCAGCACCCCAGUGGCAUCUCCCAACUACGUCCCAGAAGAUGUAAGGCAGCAGCUCGAAGGCUUGAUGUUCUCACUCUUCCAGCAGAGUCUGAGCUGCCAGGCCCAGGAGGGCUGGGACAGAGCUGCAGUGGCCCUCAAAGACCUCUGCACGCCCUGUGAGGGGGAGCAGCGGCAGUCCGUGCAGUCCGACCAGGGCUAUAUCUCCAGGAGCUCCCCACAGCCCCCUGAAGGACUUACGGAAAUGGAGGAAGAGGAAGAAGAACAGGACCUGGGGACAUCGGCCAAGCAGCUCUCUGCUGAGGACCUAGAGAGCCUGAGAAGCCUCCAGAGACGGCUCUUCUUCCAAGAGCUUCAGAAGAACUCCGGCUGGGGCGGUGUGGAGCCAGAGGAGCCUUAGGGCCCCCCUAGCCCCAGGGUGUUAGGGAAGGGCGGCGUGUGUACACGAGCGCACAUGUGUCUGUAUAUAUGCCUAUGUUCCUGUGUGAAGUGUUUGCCUUUAAAUGUGGACCUCUUGAGCCCUGGGCAUUGCCCUGAAUUUUCUUCCUCUGAGCCUGUGGUCGCGUUCUGUCCCAGCAAGAAUCCACAGCCCAUCCCCGGGAGCCAGCCACAGAGCAUCCCUGAGCCUCCAUCGUGCAGUCAUUCGGUCAUCCAGCAUUUAUUUUGCACCUCUCAUGUGCCAAGCAUCUGAGAUACAAAGAUCAAUUGCACAGGGGCUCUGGCCACCAAGGGGCUUAACGUCUGGUGGGAGCAGCAGAUUAGCAAACGGGAUGGUCCUGUGCGAUGGAAAGGCUUAGUAGAGGUCUGCCCAGGGCUGUGAAAGUACACAGAAGGAGCAGCUGGGCCCAGAGACCGUGGUUGGAGAGGGCAGCGGUCCCCGGGGCAGGGGCAGCAUGUGGGGUGAGGGCUGGGGCCAGUGAGCCUGGAGCGGGAGGAGGGGGCAGCCGGAGCCUGGGCUGCAGAAGGGCUUGUGGGCUAGGCUGGGGGGUUGGGACAUUAGCCCGGUGGCCUGGCAUUCCUUUGACAGGGUGAGCUGCUGCCCUGCAGAGGAGGGGCCUGAGGACCAAACGUACCCGAAAGCCACCUCAGACCAUCUCUGGAAAGACACAGGAUAGAAAUGUGUGAUGAGAACCUUAAAAGCAUUCAGCAGGAAGAAAAGCCUGGAAUCCUGAGCUCCCAUUUUGGCCCUCAGUCAGUGGGAGAGCCACUGCAGAGGAGUCUUCCGGGGUCGCAUGGCCAGGCCCCUGGGCAGCAGCACCCCGCCCCCGAGCUCAGGAAGCCCCAGAGCUGGGGGCCCAAGCCUGAGUGUGAGAUACGGAGGGCGCCCGGCAGGGUGGGCAGAGGGGCGCAGGGUGGGAAUGAGAGGCACACAGGGCCUGGCAGGCCUCUCUGGGGUGGAGAGGAAAACAGGCCACUCUGUACUUAAAAGUCUGAGGUUCAAAGACAGUAUUCAAGGAGAGAUGCUAAGGCUCAGUGCUGGAAGACAUUGUGCCUGAAGUGCCUUCUCGGGAGGAACUGAAGGCUUCUGGCCGUCCGGGGUCCUGGCGAGCACGCUGGGAUGCUGUCUGCCCCUGGACUCAGGUGAGCUCAUUGCCUGGACUCGAGCCCUCAGCUGGCACCAAGCUCCCAGUGAAGGGGUGAGGACUCAGGCAGGUAAUGGGAAACCGUCACAGGCUGUGUGUGUGUGUGACACACACGUGUGUCCUGUGCACAGAAGGGAGAUGGUCAAUAAAAGAUUUGUCCAGCCUGGUA